CUCUGCGGCAACAGUCCGGAUCGACCUAUCACUCCGCCACAUACACGCUACGCUCGUGUCAUAGACUUGGGCCUUCUAUCGAACGCACGGACGAGCUGCCCGGACGUGGAUACUUUCAAUUUUCAGCAUGGACAAACGAUCGCACGGGCUCAUAUGGGACAAGCUGCAAUCUAUGCUAGGAGCUCUGCGCACAGGGGGCUUUGCGCUCACAACCAUGGAAGCCAUGGAGAUUGUCGGCCUCGAGCUUGAAGGCGUCGAGUCAGCUCAGGCAGACUCUGAUGAGCCCAGAGUCAAUAAAGGAGCAAAAGCGACCGUCGUCGUCGAGCUCACUGUAGCACAAGAUAUGUGCAACAUGAGCGCUAACAUGCACGGCGGCGCGCAAGCGUUCUGCUUGGAUGUCUGCACAUCUAUGGCGGUCAUGGCACUCAGCUCAGGUUCGAGGUGGAUCACCGCAGGCGUGACAUCCCAUCUAGCUGCCCACUAUAUCGCCCCCAUACCCGAGCACAGCAAGAUCAGGAUCAUCUCCAAGACGAUCUCACAAGGUCUGAGGGUCGCGGUCAUCGAGUGCAGGAUAGAAGACGCAGAGACGGGCAAGCUACACUUGCUAGGCACGCAUACAAAACACGAUACAACAAGCGCAUUAUCAUUUGCAAAGCUAUAGACUCGACUCGAGUGUCUUCCGUGCAUAUUGUUGUACCCCUUUGCAUGCUUGACUUGCCAUCGUCAGUGCCCGGCCGAGCUCUUCCUCUGUACAGCCACCAGAGAGCUCACACAAGCAGAGCUCUCCCUCCGCGCCCCCGAUGCUGGAGCCGUAGCUAUAGCCUGCCAGCAAGAGCGCAGUGGCAUCCCG